GGGAAUAUUAGGGUAUGUGUGGGGUUAUGGGGGCGCGUGUGGGGCUGGAGGCUGUGUUAGGGCCAAGGGACACGUGUGAGGACAAACUGGGGACAUCGGGACCCCUAUCCAACGGGGCCGGCCCCUGCCCCACAGCGAUGCCAACCCGCCUCCUGCCCCCUGAACUCGUCCCCCCCCUCGACUUCUCCUUCUUCCCACUGCAAUCCCUGCAGGACCUGAGCCCCAAGGGCAGCCCUUCUCCCACCCUGGCCCUCCGCCUGCCCUACACCGGGCUGAGCAGCCUGGAGGGGCUGCACCUCACCCUGCAGCAGCUCCUGGCCGACCCCACACAGCUCCGUUGGCUCGACCUGUCCUUCAACUGCCUGACCACCAUUGACCAGGUGCUGAGCACGCUGGGGGGGCUGCAGAGCCUCUACCUGCAUGGCAACACCAUCAGCUGCCUGAGGGAGGUGGACAAACUGGGGGCUCUGAGCCAGCUGCGCCGCCUGACGUUAUAUGGGAACCCUAUGGAGGAGGAGGGGGGCUACAGGCAUUACGUGCUGGCCAUGCUGCCCCAGCUCAGCACCCUGGAUUUCAGUGCUGUGACCCCACAGGAGCGCAGGGAGGUGGCUGUGUGGGGAGGCACCCAGAGGCGGCCCCGACCCCACCGAGCUUCAGAAUGAGAGCCACGCGUCCCACUGCUGCCCAGUGACCCAGUGGAACGGAGAGGAGGCAGGGGCGGGCUGGAUGCGUUUAUCUGUGGUGGCAGAAGGAGAAGAAUUCAACCAAAACCGAAAAGAAAA